AUGCUACCACUACGCCGCGCCACGCCGUGCACGUACACGACCGUCGAGGAGCUGAGCUCCAACCGAAUCAAAGAGCGGCUCUCGCGUUCGAUCCUCUCCGAGUUUAGUGUCGAGGAGCAGAAGCUGCGUAUCGAGCUUGCUGCUGCAUACCGCCUUUUCGAACAUGCUGGGUGGAACGACGACGUGCUGAACCACUUGACGGUGGGCGUCCCUGAGCCCGACGGUUCCAAGUCGUUCCUGAUCAAUCCCUAUGGCCUGCGUUAUGACGAGAUUACCGCCAGCUCGCUACUGAAGAUUGACGCUAAAGGUCAAUUGAAGCACCCCGGCGUCGUCGGCGACAUUUUCAAGGUGAACCGUGCAGGUUUUGUCAUCCACUCUGCGAUUCACAAUGCCAAGCACGAGUCGGCGUCCGCCGUGCUGCAUUGCCACCACCCCAUCGUGACGGGAAUUGCAAGUACUCAAGACGGCUACCUCUCUUCGCUCUCACAGACCUCCUCGAUCAUUGGCCCACCCGGCUACCAUGACUUUGAAGGGAUUGUCGUCGACGAAAAAGAGCAAGAAUCCCUUGUGAACAAUCUCGGGGACAAGAAUGUCUUGCUUCUGCGCAACCACGGCGUGAUCACUACGGGUGCUACCAUUGGAGGGGCCUGGUACCGCAUGCACAUCCUUAUUCGCUCGUGCGAGAUCCAGGCAGUGGCCCAAGCGAGCGCCCCGGCCGGCGGCGGUCUCUACAUGCCGAAGCCAGAGGCGGCUCACAAAACCUUCGAGACGGCCAAGACCUUUAGUGGGCGCGAGCUGGGCACUAUGGAGUUUUCCGCUUUCAUGCGGCUUAUGGACAAGAAAGACGCCUCCUACCGCCUGUAG